GUAGUCAGGAUAAGGAGAUUCGGAAAAGUUUUAAGAAACGCGAGCUGGCCUCGCAAAUUAGCAUUUGGAUUGAUAAGUGGAAGGAUAAUUCGAAGGAUACUUCGUAGAAUAUUGGUUGAAAGUUAUCAUGGACACGACAGAAAAUAGCACAAAAAUGGACAAAAGCUCGCCCGCGCUGUCGCCAACUUCAAGUAUAUUUUUAGCCCUUAUGCUGGUUUUAACAGCUGUUGUGAACAUCAUCUCCAAUGUGUUAGUAUUGGUCAUUUUAGCGCGAAACAACCGCCUUCGUACAUGUACGAACGUUUUCAUCGCUAAUUUGAGUGUGGUGGAUCUUUUGGCAGGUAUGAUUUUAAUACCUGCAGCUGCCGAAUCGCUUUUUUCGCAAGAUGACCAGCAAAUAGCUGACAUGAGCUAUGCUCUAGUCUGCGAAUUCUACGGCUUUUUGAAUUCGCUUUAUGGAAUCGGCUCCUCAUUAACGGUCGCAGUAAUAGCUUUGGAUCGUUACCACAGUAUUUUAAACUGUCUACAAUACGAAACGAUCGUUACUCAACGGAGAACAGCGUUGCUAAUAGCUUGGAUUUGGCUACAGGCAAUUUUUGUCUCGCUGUGUCCUCUUGUGGGCUGGGGAACGUUUUCACUUAACCCCAGUCAACGAUGUUCUUGGUAUUCUCCUGACAAAAAUGGAUUUAUUUACUUCAAAACAGCUACCUGCGCGAUACUCCCUUAUGCGGUUACAGUUUUCUGUUACAUUAGGAUUCACGUUGUGGCAAGAAGGCACGCUAGAACGAUUGUAAACAUUCAAAUUCGCGAUGCGAGAAAUAGACUCAAGAGCGGUGGCGUCAACGCAAAUCUUUCGGCGUCAAAAAAGACGAUCAUGGUUUAUAUCGUUCUUGGUGUGUACACGGUCUGUUGGAUACCAUAUUACGCUAUACAAUUAUUAGUAACUGCAUUUCCUUCGGUGAUACUUCCUGACAAAUUUUUACUAACUGCAGCUGCGUUAUCGCUCAUCAAUUCGGCAUGUAACCCUAUUAUGUAUGCAUUAAUUACGAGCCAGUUCCGAAAUGGACUAAAACGCGUUUAUCGCCAGAUUCGACGCCACAUUUUUUCCGGCGACGCGCGGCAGGUUAAUCCAAAUGGACCACGCGGAGAUUCAAGAAGUUCAUGGACUUUUACAAGAUCCAGCGCAAAACGAUUUUUCGCAACGAGCCAAGAGGCAGCGAGACCAAAGCUUGUUAUCACAGACAUGAAUCCAGUCUGUGCGGUUAUUAGAGAGGAAAGUUCGAUGAACACAAAACCACCCUCGCCGCCCGAAGAAGCGCGGGGGACUGGAACCUUCCUCACUGUGUAUCCACUGACGUUACAAGUACCAACGGAACACAGGCAUACAAUAAGAAAAAAUCCCGAUAAGAACCCCAAGGAGUUAGAAGUUAAGAAAAAUGGAUGGAUAGGGGAGUAAUACUCGGAAACAUUUUUUCUUUUCUUCUAACGCUGGGCGGAUUGAUUACAUUUUGCGUGAGUGGUAACCUUAAAAUAAAGUGGAUAAUACCGGGCGGGUUUUGUUUGGUGUCUCUCUACAGAUGGCCCGAUAAAUGAAUAAUCAUUUUCUAUCAGAUGUAGUGAUAAAAUUUUCACGCAAGAUUCUGCGAUAAAGUAAAUCGAAUUGAUUAUUUCUCCUGCACGAAUUUACACUCCAGAAAUAUCAAAUACCGACUAAGUGUGAUAAUACAUUUUUCUCCGUUUUGCGCUUGCUUUGAAAGAGCCCGAAGGAUUAAGAUAGAGUCCAUUAUUUUGACUUGUAGUUUAUUUUAAAUCGUGACAAAUAACCCCAUAAUGAUGCUGACCACUCCUAGUGUUUUUAGGAGGAUAAUACUCCUAAAAAAAAAGAAGUAAAAAAAAGUGAAAGAACCUGUAAUUGUUUACUCGGAUUUUGGUUCCUUUUGAGUUAUUUUAAUAUACAGUGAUGACGUCUUUUGGUCACUUCAAUGAGUAGAUUUUGGUUUAAGCUUGAUGUCACGGGAGAAAUUUUAUCCCCGAAAACAUCAGACUUCCUCUCGGUAAAUGGUAAGAGAUAACAAUUUCAAAAAAUAUCUAUAAUAACUCGAAAAAGGCAGAUGCUUCGCUAAUUACGUGAGCUAAUUUUUUCGGCCAACAACUUUAUUGAAUCUAUAUUAUCUUUGUUUUAUUUGAUGAUUCAGGGAAGUGUCUUUUUAGUCCUUUUGAGUUUGGCUUUGUAAAGAGCCGAAACAUGUCCACUGCAGAACCCGCGGUUCAUCUUUAUAUUUCGUAGCACCUUUCUUUCCCAAGCUCCAGCGCAGAAAAAAAGUUACUUGGGAAAGUAGAAGGGUCGGAUGGUACAAAAUAGUCGCUUGGUACUAACUUUAUAUGGUUUACUUGAAUCGAUUAUCGCGUGUGAAACGCGUUGAGGGUAUUGUCAGUACGUCUGUUCAGUCAGCCUUGACGAGUCAGUUAUUCGGCCGGCCACUCGGCCAGUCAGCCAGUCAGCCAGUCAGUUAGUGUCAGUCGUUCAGUCAAACAGUAAGUCAGUCAGUCAGCCAGCUCCGAGUCGGUUAGUAUCAUGUAUAUCAAUACACAA